ACUUUCCCGCGCCGCCCGCCGCCCUUGACGUCUGGUCCAGUCUGUUGUUUGUCUGUGUCUAUUGAUUGUUUUUGCUUUUCUAUUAUUUUUAAUUAGGGCAUCUUUUACGAUUUAAUAACUUUUCCCGUAGUAUUUCAAUUUAUUGGAUUGUUGUGGCACAGUGGCAAUUUCUUCUCGUCAAACAAGUGCCAUGAAUUCCGUAGCCCUGAAAAGAGUUUGCCCUUUCGACGAUUUUAGCCCGCAAACAAAAAUUUUCAUCACUGAAAAAAUCAUGAACUCAAGAUCGACUGGAGACAGGAUCCAAGUGAAAGCUAUACAAAACAAAACUGUGGAAAAACUGUUCCAAGGUGCCAAUAGGAAAAAUCCUGAAAUGAGUGGACGCAGCAAUUAUUUUCAGUGUCCUCACUCACUGCCACCUCAACAGCAAAGUCUGAACAAGAAUGAGGCCCCCAAAAGAUACAGACAAAUGCAAAUAAAUUUUCAAGGAAAGCUGCUUGUUCCGAUCUCACAAGAAAAUAUGCAAAUCGACAAAAUUGAACCAAUGGAAACAACAAUUUUCGAAAAUCAAAAGUGCUGCUUUUGUGAAGUGCAGCUGUCGUGUCCGAUUUGUCUUCAAAAUUGUCAGAGAUGCCAGCAAUCAUUUUGCCCCCAAUGUUGUCUCACCAUUUCUCAAGGAAUUGAAGACAGAACUAUGUGCUUGUCGUGUGUCAACUAGUGCGAAUCAGGCUUCCGACUUUUUUUUUAAAAUGCUGUCCAUUGAAAUGUGAUAUGUGGAAAAUGACGACUGUUUUUAACCGAGUGAAAAUCUGAUGACUUGCAUCAUUCAAAGGUGCAGAAGAUAUAGAAAGUACUGUUUAGAAAUAUAAAAGUUGGUUUAUUUACAAACAAUAUAA